AUGCCAUCCGACAAAGAUCGUCUCUAUGUUGCACUCUAUGUUCGGGGUGGAGCACCCAAAAUGCCGGGAAAAGAGGACACAUACCACUGGGCACUUUUAGUCGGCCCCAAAAACGAGGUCGCCAAUGGCAAAGGCAUGCGCUAUCAUGCAAAAGAGCGCAUUGUAGGGUCUAAUGCGUCAGAAUGGUACUUUGAGGAGAGAGAAAUCGGUUUGGGGCAGACUUUGAUGGUGCUUAUUCGAGUGAUGAUAGCCAAGGUGGAAGAUAGGGAUCGAAUCAUAUCCAUUAUUCGAAACACACCAAUUAGGCAAGGCGUGGCGGGAUGGAAUUGCGUUGGAUGGCUGCAGGAAGCGUUGCAGAGGCUGGAGGCAGAUGGGAAAGCUCUGGGAACAGGCGUGACUGAUUGGGCGAAGAUCAGGAACGCCGCAAUGGAAUACUGCCAGCGCAAGAAAGCGGAGCAUCGUUUCGACGGACAGGGAAUUUUUGACAUGAUCAAAGUGGCUACGUAUGACUUGAUUGAACGAAAAGAAAAGAUCCCCUGA